AUGACACAUUUAUACCGCGUGAUCAAGCAGGCCACGAUAGGCUUCAUAAAAUCAGACCCGUUAUUGAUUUUCUGAAUGAUAAAUUUUCAUCGGUUGCCUUGGAACAAAAUCUGAGUAUAGACGAACAAAUGUGCUCCACCAAGGUGAGGCAUUUUAUGAAGCAAUAUAUGCCGAUGAAGCCCCAUAAAUGGGGUUUCAAAUUUUUUGUUAUGUCAGGUAUUUCUGGAUUUGCCUAUAAAUUUGAAAUUUAUGCUGGCCAAGAAAAGAAAAAUGUACCCACUGGCGAACCUGACCUUGGAGUAACAUCUAAUUUGGUUUUACGUUUAGCCAGCAUUAUUCAACGACAAAAAAAUUACAGACUUUAUCAUGACAACUACUAUACAUCAAUUCCUCUAAUGGUACAUUUAGCGAAGGAGGGAAUUUAUUCCUUGGGUACCAUACGUAGAAAUAGGGUACCAAAUUGUAAAUUACCCACAGAAUCAACCAUGAAAAAUGUUGACCGAGGAACAAGUUAUGAAUUUGUGGCAACAAUUGAUGGUGUAGAUGUUUCAUCUGUUAUCUGGAAGGACAAUAAAUGUGUAACAUUAGUAUCUUCAUUUGCUGGAAAAACUCCAAUUUCAAAAGUCAGAAGAUAUGAUAGAAAGGUGAAGAAAAUCAUCGAAGUUGAUUGUCCUUAUAUCAUAACUGAGUACAACAGACACAUGGGAGGUGUAGAUCUGAUGGAUAGUUUUAUGGGACGAUAUAAAAUAUAUAUGAAGAGUCGUAAGUGGUACAUCAGAAUUUUUUACCACCUUUUAGAUAUGAGUUUGGUCAACUCCUGGUUACUUUAUAAAAGAGUGCAUUCUAAAAAACAACCAGCGUGCAAGUUAUUGAACCAAGCACAAUUUCGUGCAGAAGUGGCUUAUACUUUAUGCAACCUGAGAUCGGUUGCUAACAAACGUGGCCGACCAAGCAUAAAUUUAGAACAAGAAAUCGAAAAUAAGAGAAAAAGAGGGCCAAUGAAGCAUAUACCUCCAUCUGAAGUAAGAGCAGACCAAACUGGACAUUGGCCUAGUAUUGCAGAUAAAAAAAUUCGAUGCAAGCUCCCUAACUGUAAAGGAUUCACUCAUACUAUAUGUGAGAAGUGUGGAGUAGGAUUAUGUCUAAAUAAACAUAAUAAUUGUUUUAAGCAAUUUCACAUGUAGUAUAACUUGAUUCUAUACAGUUAAUGCAUGAUGUUGCCUUUUGACUACAAACACUUUUUUCUCAAUAAAAAUGUCAAAAUGAAAUAAAAUAUUUUUUUCAUUAUUUUUCCCUGUAUAAGAUAGGACUGAUCUUCAAGUUUUCAAUUUUUUUUUUCGAAACAAAAAGUCAUGCAUU